CUCGGACCCUGGGCCGCGGCCGCCAUCACCGCCGCCCGCCCAGUCGCCCCUCAGCCGCUUCCCCUCGCCAUGGAGGCGAGGCCGCCGCCGCCGCCGCGGAGCUCCGAGCCGCGGGCCGGGCGGCGGCCCUGAGGGCGUGUGGCGGGCCGAGACGCCGCCGCGGAGCCGCCGUCCUCGUUCCCAGCGGUCCCGCCCAGCGCCGGACUCGGUGCCUUUUUCUCAAAUCAGAGAACCUGAACAGCUCUAGGAGAAGGCCUGGGCAGAGGUUAACACUCCUAGCUGCCACUUCUUUGUCUCUCCCACACCUGGGAGACAUCCUCAGUAAGGCUGAGAGUGGAAUACAUAUCUUUCUUCCCGAGAGCUUCAUCUCCGUGAAAAAGGUCAGCAUGGAUUCCUGGUUCAUUCUUGUUCUGCUUGGCAGUAGUCUGACACGUGUAGGUGCCAACAAUGGAACCACAGUUUCACCUUCAGUAGGCAUUACAAGAUCUAUGAAAACAUCAACAGCAGAAUCAGUCAAAGAAGAGACCAAAGCUUCAAAUACUACUUCUUCAGUAACUUCUCCCUCUGUGGCACCAACAUUCAGCCCCAAUCUAACUCUGGGACCCACCUAUGUAACCACUGUCAAUGCUUCAGACUCUGACAAUGGGACCACAAGAACAGCAAGUACGGGUUCUGUAGUCACUACACUUGCACCGAAUGGAACGUGGCUUCCAGAGAACCAGUUCACAGAUACCAGCACAGAGCCUUGGGAGGGGAAUUCCAGCACCGUGGCCACCACCCCAGAAACUUUCCCUCCUUCAGGUAAUUCUGACUCGAAGGACAGAAGAGAUGAGACGCCAAUUAUUGCAGUGAUGGUGGCCCUGUCCUCUCUGCUAGUGAUCGUGUUUAUUAUCAUAGUUCUGUACAUGUUAAGGUUUAAGAAAUACAAGCAAGCUGGGAGCCAUUCCAAUUCUUUCCGCUUAUCCAAUGGCCGCACUGAGGAUGUGGAACCCCAGAGCGUGCCACUUCUGGCCAGGUCCCCAAGCACCAACAGGAAGUAUCCACCCCUGCCCGUGGACAAGCUGGAAGAGGAGAUUAACCGGAGGAUGGCUGAUGACAAUAAGCUCUUCAGAGAGGAAUUCAACGCUCUCCCUGCUUGUCCUAUCCAAGCCACCUGUGAAGCUGCCUCCAAGGAGGAAAACAAGGAAAAAAAUCGAUAUGUAAACAUCUUGCCUUAUGAUCACUCUAGAGUCCAUCUUACACCGGUUGAAGGAGUUCCAGAUUCUGAUUACAUCAAUGCUUCAUUCAUCAAUGGCUACCAGGAAAAGAACAAAUUCAUUGCUGCACAAGGACCAAAAGAAGAAACAGUGAAUGAUUUCUGGAGGAUGAUCUGGGAACAAAACACAGCCACCAUUGUCAUGGUGACCAACCUGAAGGAGAGAAAGGAGUGUAAGUGUGCCCAGUACUGGCCAGACCAAGGCUGCUGGACCUAUGGGAAUAUCCGUGUGUCAGUAGAGGAUGUGACCGUCCUGGUGGACUACACAGUGCGAAAGUUCUGCAUUCAGCAGGUUAUCAGGGCCAACGCACAGGAUCUCCUCACUCCACAGGUGGGUGACGUGACCAACAGGAAGCCACAGCGCCUCAUCACUCAGUUCCACUUUACCAGCUGGCCAGACUUUGGGGUGCCUUUCACCCCUAUCGGCAUGCUCAAGUUCCUCAAGAAGGUGAAAGCCUGUAACCCUCAGUAUGCAGGGGCCAUCGUGGUCCACUGCAGUGCGGGUGUAGGGCGUACAGGUACCUUUGUUGUCAUUGAUGCCAUGCUGGACAUGAUGCAUACAGAGCGCAAAGUGGACGUGUAUGGCUUUGUGAGCCGGAUCCGGGCACAGCGCUGCCAGAUGGUGCAAACAGACAUGCAGUACGUCUUCAUAUACCAAGCCCUUCUGGAGCAUUAUCUCUAUGGAGAUACAGAACUAGAAGUGACCUCUCUAGAAACACAUCUGCAGAAAAUUUACAACAAAAUCCCAGGGACCAGCAACAAUGGAUUAGAGGAGGAGUUUAAGAAGUUAACAUCAAUCAAAAUCCAGAAUGACAAGAUGCGGACUGGAAACCUUCCAGCCAACAUGAAGAAGAACCGAGUUUUACAGAUCAUUCCAUAUGAAUUCAACAGAGUGAUCAUUCCAGUUAAGAGGGGUGAGGAGAACACGGACUACGUGAAUGCAUCCUUUAUUGACGGCUACCGACAGAAGGACUCCUACAUCGCCAGCCAGGGUCCUCUUCUCCACACCAUCGAGGACUUCUGGCGAAUGAUCUGGGAGUGGAAAUCCUGCUCUAUCGUCAUGCUAACAGAACUGGAGGAGAGAGGCCAGGAGAAAUGUGCCCAGUACUGGCCCUCUGAUGGAGUGGUGUCCUACGGAGACAUCACAGUGGAGCUGAAGAAAGAGGAGGAAUGUGAGAGCUACACUGUCAGAGACCUCCUGGUCACCAACACCAGGGAGAACAAGGGCCGGCAGAUCCGGCAGUUCCACUUCCAUGGCUGGCCUGAAGUGGGCAUCCCCAGCGACGGGAAGGGCAUGAUCAGCAUCAUCGCGGCUGUGCAGAAGCAACAACAGCAGUCGGGGAACCACCCUAUCACCGUGCACUGCAGCGCGGGGGCAGGACGGACGGGGACCUUCUGUGCCCUAAGCACAGUCCUGGAACGGGUGAAAGCGGAGGGGAUUUUGGAUGUCUUCCAGACCGUCAAGAGCCUGCGGCUACAGAGGCCACACAUGGUCCAGACACUGGAACAGUAUGAGUUCUGCUACAAGGUGGUGCAGGAAUAUAUUGACGCAUUCUCAGAUUAUGCCAACUUCAAGUAAGAGGUGAUGAGAUCGGUGGACAGGAAAAUUGCCUUUAAUAUUUUGUAAUAUUCUGUUUUGUUAAUAUACCCAAAAUUGUGUAUAUAUCUUAUAACUGUUUUAGAAAUUGGUACAUAGGCUUCUAUUACCUAUUAGGUGGAGAUUUUAUAUGUAAAUGUGUUAGCACUGAUAGUCCUUUUUCCAAUGUUUUAUUGGGGAAUUAAAUAGUGUGAUGUUUGGAUUGAUAUCGUGAAAUCCUCUGCCUGGAAAUUGGGCUGUAUUAUUCUUUGGUUUAGACAUCUUUUCCUAAAGAAGGAACACAAAAUUAAUUCCAGGUAGCUCAGCAUCAACUAAGAAAAAAAAGCACAAAGUUCUCAGAGCUCUUGAGGAAGUUGGUUGUCCUGGUGCCCCCUUUCCCCCACCCCUUUCAGGCUGUUGUUCCCUCCCUGCUCUGUAAAUAAUCCCUCCCCUCCCCAGCCUCUCCCCAUCACCACCACAACCCACUGUGGGGAGUAAAGGGACCAGAGCGGUAUCUCUGGCACCACACUAGGGAUUAUCAGGUAAUAAAAGCUUUGACUCCCUGA